UCAUGUUGUUACGCUUAAUCUCCGGGCAUAUGAUUGGUGGUAUCCUACUCAUGACCGGCCUGCAACUGAAUAUCUAGCAGGAUUUUCAAAUACGCAACAAUAGUUUCACGGGUCCAUUGCAUGAGAGUAUUGGAAACCUAUCCAAACUUCAGACGUUGGAUGUUUCUGAGAAUUCGCUCACUGGGGUCAUCACUGAAGCCCAUUUUUCAAAUCUCACCAAACUGAAAGAGUUAUAUUUAGAUUCCAACUCCUUGAUUUUGAGAUUCAGCUACGAUUGGGUUCCACCAUUCCAACUGGAUGUUAUUAGUUUGAGCUCUUGCAUAUUGGGAUCAGCUUUCCCAAAGUGGCUUCAAAGUCAAAAGAAUUAUUAUAUGCUUGAUAUUUCUGAUGCUGGGAUUUCAGGCAUUAUCCCUGCUUGGUUUUGGAACUUCCCUCCGAGGUUAACCUAUUUAAAUAUGUCCAACAACCAGUUGCAUGGGAACUUGCCAGACUUGUCAUCAUCCAAACUUGGUGAGUUUUUUAUGAUAGAUUUAAGCGCCAACCGUUUUGACGGUUCAAUACCACUGUUUGCACCGAAUGUGAUAUCACUAGACCUAUCGAAUAAUAGGUUUUCUGGGCUAGUUUUCUUCCUAUGUAAACUGAAUACUCCAACUUUAUUGGAGUCUUUAAAUCUCUCAAACAAUACACUGUCUGGAGAGCUUCCAGAUUGUUGGACGUAUAUUCAUAACUUGGUUAUUCUUAAUUUGGCCAACAACAAGUUCUAUGGGAAAAUACCAGACUCAAUCGGCUCCCUAGUCUCGAUUCAAGUUUUGCAUUUAAGCAACAAUGGAUUUGUUGGAAAUAUGCCGAUGUCCCUUCAGAAUUGUAGCGAGUUGAUAACCAUUGACAUGGGAGCAAAUAACUUGUCUGGAAUGGUACCUCCAUGGAUUGGUGAUAGUCUACCAAAUUUGAUUAUUCUUAACCUACGAUCUAAUAAGCUUUAUGGAAGGUUGCCUUUAAGCCUAUGUCAUCUAUCACAUAUUCAAAUCUUGGACCUAUCUUUGAACAAGAUGAAGGGAACUAUUCCAGAAUGUAUCUACAAUUUGACUGCAAUGUCUCGUACAAUGGAUACAAUUUCAAGUGCCAUAUACGUAGAUAAUAUGCCAAGAGGAUCUUAUACAGACUAUGCAUCCUUG